AUGGCUUCUACAGAGGACCCUGUUUCCUCGGCUCCUCCUGCUGAGGUUCUGGUUGAGGCUGAGGUUGAAGCAGAAGAGGUAGCUCCCGCUACUCCUGUGGAAUCAACCAUUCUCUCGGGCAGCGAAGAGCCUGUGACUAGCCCAGAUGCCUCCAAGGAUAAGGAAAAUGUGAAGGUGUCCCCAAGCAAGAAGCCCGUCUCUCCCAGCAAGCGUCCAGUGUCUGGAACCUCAGCCACGAGGCGGCCUGGCUCCAUAUCGGGCACCACCGCGACGAAGACCACCCCGUCUGCCACACGUCCAUCUGCUACAAACGGCAGUACCCUGAGCAAGCCUCCGACUCGCCCGCACACCACAUCGUCGACUACCGUCCGCAAGCCCCUGAGCACGUCAACCACGGCCUCCCACCGCUCUCGUCCCUCCAUCAGCUCCGCCGACGAGAAGACGCGAUCUGUUGCAAGCUCCGGAGACGAACGCAGGGGCAUCUCAAGCACCGCCAAACGGAUGUCCCUCGCUGGACCUACGACCAGCAGGACCGUGGCCAAGUCGAGUACCUCGACCCUGGAUCGACGAUCUAGCAUCGCAUCGACCACUUCCGAGAAGCGAACCAUCCCGGCUCGCCCGGGCACUACUACCAGGCCGACGACCACAACUACCCGCCACACAACCUCUAGUACUACCGCACGGACCGUGACAAAGCCAUCUGCAGCCACAACCGCUACGAGGAGACUGAGCACUGUCCCAAAGAGCUCUGAGGAUGCGGAGAAGCUGCACUCGCUGCAGACCAAGCUUUCAGAAAGCGAGGCGACUGUCGCCAGCCUCAAGGCAGAACUAGAUGCUGUCAAUGAGAAAUUGGCCCAGCUCUCCCAGACGCAGGAGGCUUCCAAAGACCAUGACGACAUUACAAAGGCUCUCCAGGAACAGCACGCCGCAGAGAUUGGACAGCUGGUGUCUAACCAUGAGGAACAGCUGCAGGCUCUCCGUACCCAACUGGAGGAAGCGGAAACAAAGCAAAAGGAGCUCGAGGAAAAGUCUCUUAGGGAGAUGGAGGACGCAUCUCAGGCAGCCGCUGCUCAAGGAGAUGAAAAACUGGCUGCUGCGCUCGAGGAAUUGAAACAAACCUACCAAUCUCAGCUAGAGGCGCUGGAGAAGGAACUCUCUGAGCACAGGACCACUGCCGCUCAGUAUGCUGAAGAGAUUGACUCUCUCAAAGGCGAGUUGCAGUCUCAGAUCGACGGCUUUGAGACAACUACCAAGAGUCUGGCAGAGGAAAAGGCAACGGCUCUUGAGGAACUGCGUCGGGAACUGGAGGCUGAAAGCCAAAGCCUGGCGCAAUCCAAGGAAGAAGCUGUUCGUGCUGCUGAGGAAUCUGCGAGACAGUCUGUCGCAACCUUGGAAGAGAAGGUCGCCUCGCUCGAGGCCCAGCUCACAGAGGCGGAAGCCUCUACUACACAGGGUCGUGAGGAGACCACCGCUCAGCUGGCAGAGAAGGAAAAAGAGGCGGCUGAAUUGAAGCAGGCCUUUGAGGCUGCUCAAGCAGAGCUUCAACAAGCUCAGGAGGCUGCCAAGAGCGAACUUGCUGAGAAGACCAAAGCACUAGAGGUAGAUCAUCAGGCGUUGGUUUCCAGGCUCACGGCAGAGCAUGAGGAAGCCCUCCAAUCCGCCGCAGGUUCUCAUGCUGAGGAACUCGCAAACGCAAAGGCAGCUAUGGAAUCUGCCACUGCUGCUCACGCUCAGCAGCUGGAAGAACUCCAGACUUCCUUUGCCACGGGCCAAGAGAGUGCUAUCAGCGAGCUUAAAGCGGCCAAGGAAGCCGAAGUCCAGUCUCUUCAGCAAAAGCUUGAGGCUGCUGAACAGUCUCUUGAAAAGACCCGACGCGCUCUGGAAGAGGGAGCCAAUGCCGCCCAGGCGGUUGCCGUCGAAGAAAUUGGAUCCCUCAAGGAGAAGGUCACUACUCUUGAGUCCCAGCUAUCCACACAACAGGGCGAGAUCCAAGCACUCCAGGCCGAGAUUCAGAGCAAGCAGGCGGAAGCCGAGGCACUACAGCAAAAUCUCGUUGCAUUUGAGACCAAGGUCAAGUCCAAGGACGUUGAGCAGCAAAAUCACUUGCAAGCUGCGGAGGAGAGGGCAGCCACGGCUGAAAAGCUGCUGGAGGAGCAUAUCCAAAAGGCCGCUGCGGCCUCCGAAGAGCAUUCACAGUCUCUAGAAGCGUUGCAGGAGGCGGAGGAAAGGGCAGCCGGUGCUAAAAAGGCUCUGGAGGAGCAUAUCCAGAUCGCCGCCACCGCGUCCGAGGAUCAUUCACAAUCUCUGGAAGCGCUGAAGGCGGCGCAUGCUGCAGAGUUGGAGAAAGUCACGGCGGAGGUGUCUGGCUCCCAUGAGCAGGCCCUGGGCGAGCUCCAAGCUAAGUACGAUGAACUGUUGUCCAAGAACACCAGCAUGGAGUCUACGCACGUGGAGAAGCUCGGAUCGCUGGAGGCUGAACUGAAGUCAGCAGUUGAGAGCGUCGCCUCUCAGAGCACCGCCCACGCAAAGGAGCUCGCCGAGCUCCAGCAGCAGCAUGAGGAAGCCAAGAUCAAGCUACAGGCAGAACUGGAGGCUUCCGAGGUAUCCAAGGCUGCUCACCUUGACGCAGAGCACAGCAAGGCCAUUGAAGAGCUUCUCACCGUACAAGACUCUAAGCUGUCUGGCCUCCGAGCAGAUCUUGAGUCGUCCCACCAAGCCAAAUUGGGCGAACUUCAGCAGUCUCACGAUGCGGCAAUCGCGGAACUUACAGCCCAGCUCACGCAGGCCCAGGCCGCCGCUCAGGAUACUUCCGCACUGGACAACUUGAAGACGACCAUUGCGGAUCUGGAGACGAAGCUGGCUGAUGCAGAGCAGUCCGCCACCCAAUCUCACUCUCAGCAUGCCGAGGAAAUCUCCCGACUGGAGAAGGAAAAGAACGAGUGGGAAGCUAAGCAUCAGACGGUAAUUCGCCAGGUCGAAGAGCUGGAAAAGUCCCAGGCCGCUUCUGCAACCACUCAAUCCGAACUGGAGGCAGCGUCGAAGCAACUCUCCGUGGCCCAGGAAGAAUUUUCACAGCUCCGUGCCAAGCAUGACGCGGUCGCUAGCGAGCUUGAGGAGAUUAAGACUCAGAACCGGGCCAUGGAAGAGAGGCUCACCGAGGGAGAGAAGAACCUCAACGACCAAAUCGACAAGAACAUGACUCUUCUCAACCAGCUGGGCGAGGUUGACUCGUCCAUCUCUGUCAGUCGCAAGCGUAUUCGCGAGCUCGAGGCCGAACUGGCUGCCUUGAAGGCAGAGAAGGAGCUCAUUAAGGGAUCAAAUAUCGGUCUGGAAGGUAGCCGAUGGGCAGGCGACGAGGAGCAGGCGCCAGCUGGCGAAGACGGCCAGCCAGCCGCAGUGGAAGGUGAGGACAUUGGUUCAUCGAUUGAGGGAACGAUGGCCAGCAUUCAGGAACAGCUUAAACAUAUUCGGACUGCUAAUGAUGACUGGCAUGACGAGCAUCGACGACUCAUUGGUGAACUGGCACAGCUGUCACGACGAGCGACGCCUAAUCCCCCUAGCCAGCCGGCUACGCCUCAGCCCGAAACAUCGAGUGAAACGGUGUCCUAAGGGGCGUCGGGUGGUUUUGUAAUUUCUUUUCUUUGUGAUUCUGUACAGGAUUAAGAUGUAUGUAAUAAGCUGCUCAGGAUACCCGAUUGAAGUACCGUUGCUGCGUGGAUUGACCUAAUUAUUGUGACCCGGUAUCUGGGCAUGUCUAUAAUCUCACUUCAUCUUUAGUUUCAUGUUCAUUCC